ACAUGCAGUCUGUACUGAGAUAUUUAGACCUGACGUCUGUAGCUCUGGCCUUGUUGGUCGGUCUGGUCUCACUGGUUGUACUGGAGAUCUUCAGGUUAAGAUCCUUAAAGAGACGAUUACCUCCCGGACCUACACCACUGCCGUUUGUCGGAACUACAUUAUAUUUCUUUAAAAAUCCUGUGCGCCUCAUCAAAUCGAUGGUGCAGUAUGGUGAUCUGUGCACCGUGUACAUAGGAAGGAGACCCACGAUAUUUCUGAAUAGUCUAGACGUGAUGAAGGAAGCUCUGGUUCAUAAUGGGAUUGUGUUUGCUGGAAGGCCGUCCAUGCCCAUAAUGGAGUGGAUCUCCGGCGGAAACGGUAUUGUGAUGGUCACGUACAAUCACGCGUGGAAGCAGCAGCGACGUUUUGCUCUCCACACGCUGCGUAACUUUGGUCUGGGGAAGAAAUCCGUGGAGGAACGAGUGUCUGAGGAAGCACAAUGUCUCAUCAAAGAGAUUCUCAAACAAGAAGGAAAGGCCUUCGAUCCGAUCCACCUGACCAUGAACGCCGUGUCCAAUAUCAUCUGCUCCAUCGUGUUUGGAGAUCGUUUUGAGUACGACAAUCAGCGCUUUGCUAAACUGCUGAAAAUCCUGAACGAACACAUCGUGCUGUUUAGCUCAUGGGUUACACUGAUCGUCGUCUUGUUCCCAUUUAUGAUCCGCCUUCCUGGUCCACAUCAGAAGAUCUAUCAGAAUGUCAAAGCUUUUAAAGACUUCAUCCGUGAGGCCAUGGUGGAGCACAGAAAGAUGCUGGAUCCUGAAAAUCUCCGCGACUUCAUCGAUGCCUACCUUGUGGAGAUGGACAAGAACAGCUUGAACGAAGACUCGACGUUUCACGAGGAGAACCUGGUCAUGUCCACCUCUGAUCUCUUCCUCGCUGGAACUGAGACCACAUCAACCACGCUCAGAUGGGGCUUCAUUUUUAUGAUGACCCAUCCAGAAGUUCAAGAGCGCUGCCAUGAGGAGAUCAUUCGCGUGUUGGGUUACGAUCGAACCCCCACCAUGGACGACCGAGCAAAACUCCCGUACACACACGCCACCGUUCAUGAGAUCCUGCGCUUCGGGAACAUUCUCCCCACCAGUGUGACUCACGAAACCAUGCAGACAACACAGCUACGAGGGUACACCAUCCCUAAGGAAACGCUGGUCAUGGCAAAUUUAGCAGCCAUAUUGAUGGAUAAAGAUCACUGGAAACAUCCAGACACGUUCAACCCCGAGAACUUUCUGGAUGAGAACGGACAGUUCUGCAAAGACGAAUUCUUCCUGCCUUUCUCUAUAGGUCCGAGGGUUUGUCUGGGUGAGUCUCUUGCCAGGACGGAGCUCUUUAUCUUCUUCACCUCUCUGCUGCAGAGGCUACAGUUCUCCUGGCCCCCCAAUACACCACCUGUUGAUCUGGACGGCAUUUUGGGCAUGGUGAAAAUACCCCAUCCGUUCCAAAUGAUCUGCAGGAGUAGAGAUGUCCAUCAUGUCCAGAUGUAGGUCUUGGUUUUCCUAAUUCCUAAACGUUUUGAUCUGAUUUAUUUUAAGUUGCUGUAUUUAAAUUCAUGCCAUCAUUUUAAAGGUUAGAGUUUCUAACAUUUUCUGCAUAAUUUUAUAUGAAUAAAUGAAUCUUCUUAAUUAUUUAUCUCCAUGUAUAGUCAGAAGUUUCACCACCAUUUUCAUAAUUUGUAUAAAUAAAGGAUAUUUUAAUGUA